UGACAGGAGGCUGUCCUUUACUAUCCGAGCUAGCAUGGACGAGCUAACCAGCAUUUCACACCCUUUGCAUUAACUGCGAAGUUAUCGGUCCUGUGCUUUUGCGGCCCCCCCUUCCCCUCUCAGGUCAGAGCUGAGGGUUGGGGUCAGCUCCUUGGCUAAUGUCGCACGUUCCCAGUGAAGAGGGGGGUCUAUCUGAGGCUGCCCCAGAUGUCAACAACCAAGACCUGCUAGAUAACCCUGCUCAGAAAACAGGGAACGCACCUGAGGAUCAGGUGCCGCAUGUGGUGGAUGAGGCCUCUCCUUCUUCCACAUCUUCAUUUGAGCUGCUGGACAUGGAUUCGGCCCCAGCUACUUAUCGAGAAGUGCAGCCUCACUGGUUCUUCUGUCCACGGGGCGAAGAUAACACAACGUGGCUUCCUUUCAGCAGAGAAGACUCCGACAAACUAGAGAACGCCCUCAACACUGUUGGAGACAAGGAGGGGGAUGAGGUGGUGAUAGCUGUGGAUGGAGAGCGGUAUGACGUACAUGUCAGGGAGAGGAAGCGCUACGCUGUGUAUUGGGAGCAGGGUCCCACUGAAGUACGCCGCUGCUCCUGGUUCUACAAAGGAGACAAAGACACCAAGUUCAUGCCUUACCCCGAGGACUUCUGCAAGCGCCUGGAGGAGGCCUAUAUGGUUGCAGUCACCUUGAAUGAAUGGAAGACGAAGCUGGAGUUUCCCUCUGGAGAAACUGUCAUCUUACACAAUCCCAAACUGAUAAUGCAGUAUCAGGCAGUAGGAUUGCAGGAUGAGUGGCAGUCGUCCCCCUCGGAGCAGACCCGGCCUCGCACACUCAAAAGGGGAGUGGGCAACAUCACUGUAGAAAUACCUGAAGGUGAACCAGAAAAGGUUGACCAUCUAGUCUUUAUGGUCCAUGGCAUCGGCCCGGCAUGUGACCUGCGCUUCAGAUCCAUCAUACAGUGUGUAAAUGACUUCAGGAGUGCUUCCCUGUCCCUCCUGGGCUCUCACUAUAAGCGCGCCCAGCAGGACGGACAGGUAGGGAGGGUGGAGUUCCUCCCGGUGAACUGGCACAGCGCUUUACACGGAGAUGCCACUGGUGUGGAUGAGGACAUCCAGAGGAUCACGCUGCCGAGCAUCAGCAGGCUAAGACAUUUCACCAACGACACUCUGCUGGACCUGUUUUUCUAUAACAGCCCCACCUACUGUCAGACCAUCGUGGACACAGUGGCCUCAGAGAUCAACAAGCUCCACACCCUCUUUAAACAGAGACACUCAGGCUUCAACGGAGCCAUUUCAGUGGUGGGCCAUAGCCUGGGUUCUCUGAUCCUGUUUGACCUGUUAACCAAUCAAAGGAAUGGAUCAAAUGCCAGACAGGGGGUUCUCUCUGGUGAAUCCUUGCACCACGACACGCUGCAGGACACUCUGACCAGACUGGGCCUGCAGCAGUACCUGGACACACUGCAGGCAGAGAACCUAGACCUGGAAUCAUUGGCUCUCUGCCAAGACUCUGAUCUCAAAGAUUUAGGAAUUCCUCUUGGCCCUCGGAAGAAGCUCCUGAACUACAUCAGAAAGAAAUGGCUUUCAGAGGAUAGUAAGAACCGUGCUGGACGUCUGCCUCCAGGAAUACAAGUUCAGCCUGAAGGUAGCAGCGAUCAAGAUGGUAACCAAUCUUCAGCAGCGUCUAAGAGGAGGGCUCACUUCCACAGGGCGCAGUCCGUCACCAGUGCUGUAGAGUACGAAUACUUCGACGUCGGCAUUGGACAGACCAAUGGAGGCAUAGCCAAGGGACAGGUAUCCAUCAACUACCCACAGCUGGCUUUCCAUCCGCAAACAUUUUUUGCUUUUGGCUCUCCGAUUGGGAUGUUCCUGACUGUGCGUGGGCUGAAACACAUUGAUCCCAAUUACAGCUUCCCAACCUGCAAGAGCUUUUACAACAUCUACCACCCGUUCGACCCUGUAGCCUAUCGGAUAGAGCCCAUGAUUGUGACAGAGGUGGAUCUGGAGCCCAUGCUGAUCCCUCACCAUAAAGGCCGCAAGAGAAUGCACCUGGAACUGAAGGACAGCUUGACCCGUAUGAGCAUGGAUUUGAAGAACAAUGUUUUUGGAUCAUUACGGACGGCGUGGCAGUCCUUCGCCAGGAUCCCCGUGGCUGCACUUCCCCCAUUGGACGAAGCAAACACUACAAUAGAGAACGACCUCCAAGAGUCACAGGCCUCAGCGGCAGUCUCUGCUUCUGCUAAGAGGGAAGAGCAAAGGGCUGAUUUUUGGACUAAAGUACUGGAAUGGCCCAGGGCCCUUCAUAAGUAUAACUUACAAGGAACAUGUGAGGAGGCAGAGUCCUCAGAAUCAGCAGAGCAGAGGGAGCAGCCUGAGAUUAAAGUGGGGAUGUUGAACGAAGGAAGAAGGAUCGACUACGUACUUCAAGAAAAACCCAUUGAGAGCUUCAACGAGUACCUGUUUGCUAUCCAGUCUCAUCUGUGUUACUGGGAAUCGGAGGACACUGCUCUCCUGCUGCUAAAGGAGAUCUACGACAAGCUAGGUGUAGCCUUUGAACAGCCACAACAGUAAUAAAGUUUUUUGAAUGUAGACUUGAUUUUAACUUGACAGCUACCUGAAAGGGAGACAGUGAAGGACAGAUGUCAGAGGCUGCACAAUCCUCUCCCAGAAUGCCUUAUUGUCCGGGUGUCACCAGACUGCCCCGCCCUCCCUGACAAUAGAGACUGUUAAACUGCAGUCAGGCAGGGUAUCAGUCAACCUUCAUUUGAGGUAGCCGGGGCUUCUUGGUGCUGCAGGACUAAUGUCUGAUAGUUGUUUUAAAUCCACCUGAACAUCUCGGUCAUUUUCAUUUCAUUUCAAACCGCUCCUGAUCGCACUUUUCUGUCUACACCAAGUCAUUUUUCUUUUACAUACCUUUGCACUUUUAUUUUCCAACAGUUGUUGACAUAUCAUGAGUACAGCUGCAGCUGAAAAGUAAAAUAAUCAUCAUGAUAACCAGAAGAUACACACAGUUGGAAAAACCGAAUAUCAAUGUAUUUGACGACAAAAAAGAUCCUUAAAAAUGACCCGAAUAUAUACAGUGUGUGUAUAAAUGAAAUAGAUUAUUAUUUAUUUCCCAGCCCUAUGUACAUCCUUGAAAAGUCAGAAAUGUAGAACUAUGAACAUAAUUUAAGUGGCAAUAGACACUUUUUUUGCUUUAAUUGAUUAUUAUAAAAUGUAUAUUGAUUACACCAUGUAGAAUGUAUAGUUUGACUAUCGGCAUUACAUUGGUUUCUUAUUAGCCUCGUUUUAACUAUGCAAAACUGACUGAUUAGAUCUCCUGGCCAAAUGAAAGCUUGAUUUACAGCAAGACGUGAAAUAUUGCCCACUUUUUCGGAGUGUAACGUUAAAAAGUCACUGAAAGUUGCCAGAUGACAUCCUACACUCAUUUGCAUUUUGGUAACAUCAUUGUGGAAUCAUUUGCAUGUUUUCGCCUGCACAAAGUGCAAGAGGAGAGUGAGCAAUCGUAUGUUGUUGGUAGAAUAACUGUUGUUAUUAGUAGGCUCUAUAAAAGGGAAUCAAAAUCUAGUUGUCUCUUUAUUGAAUAAGUGCAAUCAACCUUUAAAACACAAAUUCAGAACAGCUGCACAAACAAUAAUUCAACUUUUAAACAAUGAAAAGUUGUCUAUUUGCCACUUUAAGUGUUUAAACUUGAACAAGGAAGCUCUCCUUUAGCCUAACAUUCAACCUUACCUUUAUAAAUAAGCAGGUCUGCUGGUUUUAUUUCGAUGACAAUAAAAUUGUUUAGGUUUUGAAGGGAAAUGAAUAUUGAUAAUUUGUCUACUGGCAGCUAUAUUUCCUUUCUGUCAAAAGUAAGGCCCAAUUUAAACCCAAUAUUACACCUACAUACAUUUGUGCAAUAUUACAACAAUGUAGAUGUGACUUAUUUUUCAUUUCACAGGCGUGGUCCACAAUUCUACUUCAACUAAUAAUAUGUUUACUUGCAAUGUGUAUUUUAUUUUUUCAGUUUAUUUUUGUUUGUUUUUAGUUUAAACCAAUCUAUAUUCUAAAAUAAGGGAUCCUGAUGAAUAUUUGUGUCAGAAAUGAUCAAGGGAUGCAGGGGAAUUAAAAGGACAAGCUUGUGUGUAUGUAUGUUCAGAAAGGCCAGCUCUAUCUCUCUGAGGUCUGUGCCAUUCAUUCCUUCUGUCUGUGUCUCCCAAUAAGAGUGUAUUCUUUAUCCCAAAACAUGGUUAAUCCCAAUACAGAGUGGCAUCUCAGAUACAUAAUUCUAACUUUUGUAUUAUCUAAGGGCCAAAUGCUACAUGUUUCUCUCAACUGUUCCUUUGUAUCAAGGAAUUGUAAAGUCAUAUUCUGUACUGCAUGCACUUUUCAUAAUGUAACAGAAGGGUUUCUCAACAGUUUCUGAUCCUGACCUUAAUCUAAGGAACAGAAAUUAUUUUCACAAACCCAGCAAUAAGGAGAGUUAUCACUUUUAAUUUGAUUAAAUUGAGUAUGUUACCUUGAUUAUAUAGAAAUUAUGUUGCAAUGCAUAUCAAUUUAUUUUUGUCUAAAAAUAUACACAACAAAUAUCAAUGUGUCAGUGAUAUCACACAUCUGCACCAUCAAGCAACAUGGGGUACAGACUAAAACGUUGACAAGCAGGGUGUUUUAGUAUUUAAACUUUACAAAACAACCCAUACGAUAUGCACUGUCAGGGCAACACAGCCCAAGCACUAGAGCUCCGCACAAAACAUGAAGAAACCUCACAAGGUUGUUCAUUUUCUUCCAAUAAGUUGCACUGAAUAUGAAUGAUCAUUGAACAUCACCCGUGUCUCUGUCAUGUCCGUUUCAGUAAAACAGGACUUAAAGUCACGAACUCCUCUUCCUUGACAUGAGUACUGUUUUUGCACUUGAUACUUAAAUAUUUAAAUAACCAAAAAAAAUGUUCUCAUUUCUAAAUACACACCCUAUGAUAACAUGUUGUGUGUGCCAUAAUAAAAACUUUACAAGUC